CACAAAUUGAACUCCAAUAUAUAACGAUAUGUCCAAAUCGAUUUAGGACCGUCAAAAAAUGACUAAACUUGUGUACUGCAUUGUAACAUUUGAAAACCCUCCUCUAGUGUCGGGUAUGUUGAGUUGUUACACAAGGAAAGCGCUUGAUACAAAGUCUCAUUCGAAAUAAUAUUUAUAGUCAGUGAUGUUUAAAUUUCAUCAAGCUGUUACAACCAAGUAUCGACUGAUAAAAGAGUGUUACAAAUGUUAAAAAUGGGUAGUGUCUAUUUAUUAUUAUUUGUAUCCAUUUUUCCGUGCAACGUGAACGCUGCAUCACUCUCUUCCCAUAAUGCAGUUCGGGAAAGACCCGGCGGGGACAUUCAAAACCAUGGCAGGCGACUCGAAUAAAUUGAAAUCAACAUCAGACUCUAAAAAUACGUCGUUUAUUCAUAACGGAGACAAUGAGAUAACGAGGCGUCUGACGUUCCCGUCAGAGGACGGCGUUAUCCCGCUGGAGGACCCGAAUAAGACGUCUAAACAACUAACGUUACAAAGUGUUCCCGACGACUCGGAUUCAUGCCGACUGUCUCCGGAAGUCGCCGAACAACUCUCGCCACAUUUCGUAAACACACGUUUAAAGACGGAAAAUGCAACGGAAUUGAAAGAUGUCUCCCUCGAACAUCGACAAAAUACAAAACAGCACAUUGGUUACGACGCUGAAGACAAGGAAGACACCGCUUUGCCUUCCACAACCGGCCCUGCAGAUAACAGCCAAGAAGAUGACACUUGUCAGAAUAGUUUGCAAGAUUCCAAUGUGACUGCCAGUAAACAACAUUGUAACACAGAGGACAUUGACUCUGAGGCGAAGAGAAAAGCGCUGGACGAAGGCCUUGUGAACGUGGUUUUCCCUGGCACUGUAACGCAGGAAGGCUGCUGCCGCUUCGUCAGCGAGAUCCUCAAGUGCAUUCUCUAUCAGAGGCAGCAACUACCCAUGACUUAUGACCAGCUGGUGUACUCCCAGAAGAAACAGCAAGCCUCAAUGCAGGAUAAAGAUAUAGUAAGUCGGAGGCCAGUGCAAGCUGCAGACAUGGAGUGGCGCAAGUGUCAACAGACCCUUCAGGAGCUAGAGGAAGUGCUGCAGCAGCUGGAGGUGCUUUUCUCCCUGAGCAGGGUGCCGCGCAUGCUGCUGCUCAUGGGUGGCUCCCUCAUCCUCCCCAAAGAGCUGUAUGAAAUCAACAUGGAGGCUCUGAUAUUGGCUGGAGAUCAAUGUCUGCGUGUGUCUUCAUGCUUGAGGCAACUCUUCCGCAAUCUGUUUGUGGCUGACCUGUUGUCCGACAGCCGACCCGUUUGUUUAAUGCCCACCACAGUCUUGGCACUGGCUCACAGGGAUUGCGGUGUUGAUUGGUUCCGCCCUAAACUACAAUUUAAAAUCCCAACCCGUGUAAAACACAAAAUUAUUGCUCUGUCUACUGAUCCCAGCAUCUAUAAGGAACCACGGGCACAGGGGUCAGACUGGCUGGAUUAUGUGUGGUUUCAGGCACCCAUGACCAUCAAGGGCUUUGGCAAAUGACUGGAAAGGUUGGGCAGCACCGUCUUAGAUUGGAACUCCCUUUCUUGAGCCUGUAUCCUAAAAUUACAUUUUAAUUGCAUUGAGUUUGUUUUGUUUUUUUGUUUGUCAUUAAAAGCAUGUCUAUUGCAACAAAAUGGACACAAGCA